AUGGUGGCUGAAGGCUCUCUCCGAACGAUUAGCCUGGCUGAAGUUGAGCAGCACAACUUCCAAAAUGAUCCCAAAACUUGUUGGAUCGUAAUGGAAGGAAAGGUUUAAUUUUUUUUUUUAACUUUUCAGUAACAAUAUUUAUUUCAAGGUCUACGAUGUCACGAAUUUCCUCAUGGAACAUCCUGGCGGUGAGGAAGUCAUUACAGAAAUGGCUGGAAAGGUUCGAAAUUCAUAUUUUGAAACGAAAUUGUCGUGAAAUCGGGAUUUUUAGGACGCCACCAUUGCUUUUAAUGACGUCGGCCAUUCUAGGGAUGCCAAGGAAAUGGCCAAAGAUUAUCUUAUUGGUUAGUUUUUUUUUCCUAUCCUUGAAUCGAAACUUUUCAAGGUGGUUUUUUUCAAUAUUUUUUUCUGAUGUUUUUUUAGUAAUUUUACCGUGAAAUUCAUAAGCUCCAGGCCCUCUGUAAAAAAAGUGUGAAAUUAAAAAAAUCAUCUUCUCAGUUUUAAAAAAAGACUACAAGUAGUGACUAUGGGGAAUAUUUUUUAACUCUCCUACCUUUUUUAUUUUAAACUGAACAGUCAAUUAUAAGUUUCACACAAAAAUUACCUUCCUUCAAGGUGCGUUAUAUUCUGCCAAAAGCUGAAAAUAAACCUAUUUUCGUGGUUCAAAAAAUGGUUCUAAUCGAGCAAUUUUUUUGUUCCUGACACAAUCAAAUUUAUGUAUAGUUGAUUCACGGCUGGCUUGAGCCAUCGAGAAAAGGGUCCUGCCACGAAAACGAACGAGACAGUGCCCUGGUUGGUGGAGAGUGCAGACAGGCCACGCUUUUUUGCGUCUCAAGCUAGCCGUGAAUCGUCUAUAGCGGAAACAGGACGUUUUGAACAAUCCUAAGGAUCCCUUAAGAGAACUUACGGCGCUUAAGUGGUCCCUUAAAAUGCUCAGAAAGGUUCGGGGCCUGUUAACAAUUUCCGAGCAACUUUUUUUUAUGAGAAUUUUCUAAUUUCUAAAGUGCGCGAUUGUGCAGAAAGCAUAAUUUAAGUUAUAUUACUUUACGAGUAAAAAAUGACUUUUUUUAAAAUAAAGAAAACUCGCUACGUCACAUAAGGACAGACCCCUUCGAAAUUUUUCGACGAAUCUUGAAAAUAUAUCAAAAAUCUGCGAGUGCCAUUCGAUUCAGGGUACAAAAUCCUGUAGAACCGAUUUUUGAUCACCCCAACACUUUUCUCACUUUUACGGCAUUCAAGAAUCGGUUUUUUAAAGCCUUCCAACAAGGAUAGAACCACCUGGAAAUUUUGAUCUUUCUGGGAAAAUUUUAGUGGCUAUCAUAGUAGUCGAUUUAGUGGCCACUUUAGUGUUUAAAAUUCAGCGGCUGCUUCAGAAGUCUAAGUAGUACUGAUUGAGCGCUUCAAAUACUAUAGUGACCACUAGACGCGUAGUAGGGGCUUCUGCAGUGGUGUCCUCUCUAAGUAGCCCUUGAGGGACCACUUAAGAGGCCACUAGAGUUUUUCGCAGUUAGUUGGAGUUCUUCCGCUUUUCUGUGAAAGUUUUUAGUGGUCACUAUAGGGUUUUGACGUUUCAGUGGCCGCUAUAGUAGUCAAAUUAGUGGCCACUUGAGGGAUUAAAAAUUAGUGGCCACUUUAGAGGUCUAAGUGCUACUACCAGGCCACUGAAAAUUUUAGUGACCGCUUUAGGGGUCAGUGGUUCAACAUAACUGGUCCAAUCUGUUUUUUUUUAUUAUCAGAGGUACUGGAAGGGAAACUGGAUGGAAAACUACUGAAGUGGCCACUAAAACGAAAAAUAAUGGCCACUAUAGAGAUGGAUUUAGUGGCCACUUUAGUGUCCUAAUAAGUAGUCCUUGAGGAGCCACUUAAGAGGCCACUAGAUUUGACACAGUUUUUAACUUCUUUCCCUUUUUCUUCUGUUUUACCAGCAUAUUUUCUUUCUUAAAAUCAUUUACGACUUAGUUUCUAUUGCUUUUUGGUUACAAAUAUAUCCAGCUAGCCCCUUUUUUCAUUUUCCUUCAAGCUACAACACCCUUCGCUUCGAUGCGCGUUGUCACCUGUGGGCAUGCGCCUUUAAUAUAACGUAAAUUUCAAGCCAAUUAAAGGAGCAUCGAGGCCAAGGGUUCUUUAGUUCAGAUGGAAUAAAAAAGUUGGCGUGGAAUGGGCUAUUAAAGAACUUUUUUCCAAAGCAAAAUGAUAAUUUUCAAGGAGUCCUGGCCAACGGAGAAGCCCCAGCCGCGCCGAAAGCCGAAGCGAAACCGGUGAUAAAACCGGCGGCCGGAAAUUCGAUCGCCGAUAUUUUGUUGUCCCCUACUUGGACGAAUUUCCUCAUCCCCACCGCGAUCGGCAUCGCUGUGUAUGUCUUGUACAAGGCCGCCAUCCGAGUCAUCGGCUGAAUUUCCACUACUUUUCUGUUUCAUCCUUCUUAUUAGAUUAUCAUUUUUUGAACGUUUGUAUUCUAAAUUCCGCAUAUGUAGCUUGAUCACUAUGUUUUUUGGUGUUUAAAGGCGCAGAAGUCUCUUCGUCUCGAGAUCCCUUGCAAAUUUAACCAUGCGCCUUUAAACACUGGCUAAGAUUUUAGACACUGUUACUUAAAAAGUUAGUUUCCGGAAAUAUUGUUUUUGAACUGUAGACUGAAGAUUCCCAGAUUUAUUUUAUUUAACUGGUUAUAAAAAGGUAUGAAAUAUGAGAAAAUAUCAAUUUCAGCAGGUUUCAAAUUUUUUUAUAAAGAUUGGAUUUUUCAAAAAUUAUUCCUGCUGUUUUUUUAAUAUGAAAACUUGAAGGUUUCUUGUUUAAUGGCUAUUUUUUUGAACUUGAAGCUCGAAUUAUGCUUAAAAUUGAUCUUCCUUCGAAUUUUCGGUUAGACUGGCUGUUUUGGAACAGAAAAAAAGCUGCUUUGAAGCCUAAAAUUAUUUUUUUUUUUCAACAGAAAAUACUAAAAAUUCGCCUUUUUUGUUGAAUUUCUAGUGAACCUUGGUAGUUGUUCCGUUCCUAUAACUUUUGUUCCUCCGAAAUCUUCAAGAACAGAGGAAAAAAGAGUUGUUUAUAGCAAUGUCCAGCCAUGGGCCGCUAAUCUGAGCGAUUGUUUACAAUAUCCGCCGAUUUUCGUUGCGAAAUCUGCCGGAAAACCGUCUUUUCUGAUCCUUUUCCCUAAAUUUUCGUUAUUUUCUAGUUUUCAUGCCUUUUUUGUUCAAAUAUUGUUAUAUCCCUUGAUUUUUUCUGCCUUUGAUUAUAUUCAAGUAGGAGCCGAAUAUAAAUUAAUGCGAGUUUCUCAUUUUUUCUUAAAACAUUCCGAGUUUCUAUAAUAAUAAUAAAGAAUUACAUCGUUUUUCUAAUAUUUUUAUGUAACUGGUCAAGUUUACAAGUAUGAUAAUUUUUUUGUUUUUUUCAUUUGUUUUUACAGAAAAAAAUGAUUCAGACUGUAAAUAUGGAAAAAAAGUGGACCGUUACUGCGCGGCUUUAAAUAAAGAAUAUGAACUGGAGGGCGUGAAUUCGCCCAAAUCGACGGCGAUCCGCAAAAAGUUUGUCUUAAUAUUCUUGUUGAAAAAAAUGUUAAAUUUAAGGCUUAUUUUUUUCGAUUUGAUGUGAAAAUGUGAUUUUUUUGCGAAAAUUUGAAGAAUAUUAGUUAAGUUUUUCGAUAAGAAAAAAAUUAAAAUUCAGGCUUUUUUUAAAUCUUGAUAAAGUUUUUUUGGGACGUAUUUCGAAAAAAAUAUUUAAUUCGAAACUCAUUUUUUUCAACGUAGAAUAAUUUUUAAUAUUGAAAGAACAGCUUUAAAAAAAUUGUCUCAACCGGUUUUUUUCGCAGCAAAAAAAUAGUCAAAUUUGCGAAAUUUCAGCUUGAGAAUAAGUUUUUUUAUUUUUUUAUUUAUUCAAAUUGAUUUUUUUAAUUUUUUUGCGAGUGUUGAGUUGAAAAUUGGUUUUUAUUUUUCCGAUAAAAAAAGAGAAUCUAGCUUUUUUUAUUUCGGAAAAGUUUUUUUGUACGGCGAAAAAAAGCGAAUCCAAGAUAAAUUGAGCUUUUUUGAACCUUUUCUUUUUGAAAAAUGUAAAAUUUCACUGUUAAUAUUUGAAAUGAAGCUUCGUGUGUUACAUUUGACACGGAUUUUUCGAGAAAAAAACAGAAAUUUUGGAAUUUUUCAGCCUUAAACUGAAGAUUUUUUUUCAAACUUUUUAAAAAAUUCUCUUAAAGUUUAAAGUUUAAUGAGAAUUUUAAAGUUGAUAUUAGGUUAGUUUUUAUUGAGGAAAUGCGAAAUUCGGCGUUUUUUUCUUGGUAAAGCUUUUAUAAGACGGACAAACGAAUACAAGCUGAAUUAAGCGCUUUUUUUUGAAUAUUUUCUUCUAGAGAAUUUUAAAUUUUAAACUCAAUUUUCAUAGUAAAGUAAUAGGAAUUUAAAAAAAUAUAGCUUACCAAUCAUGUUAGAAUUCGUAUUUUAUCAAAUUUUUCUCAUGCGAAAAAAAUCAAAAUUGCAAAAAUUUAUCUUGGUAAAGCUUUUUAUAAAACGAAAAAAAUGGUGAAAAAGCAACUUUUUUUGAAUUUUUUUCUGUUGAAAAAAAUCAUCGAAUCUCCGGGAUUUUAUUAACUUUUCUCUAAAAAAAUAAUUUUCUUCAAUAAUUAACUGAAUUUUUUUGACAAAUAGCUAGAGAAUAAAGUUUAAAUUUACAUCAGUAACUACUGUAUGGUAUGUAUCAAAAUUGUUCUUUUUCAAACUUUAAAAUUCGAAAAAAACUUUUUGCAGACUCCGAAAAAUGUUGGUGGAACUGGAAAGGUCGGAGGGCGAUUUGUUGCCAAAAAUCGACCUUUUCUGGAGAACCGCUUAUUAUCAGCCGAUAAUCGAGCAGAGGAGGUCCAAGGUGGGAUAAAAUUAAUGAUUUCAGAUGGAAAAAAAUGAAUGGAAAUAGUCGAAAAUCACUUUUAUCUCAAAAAAAAUCGUUUUUUCCAUGAUUUUCGCCGUUUGUCUGUUGAAAUUUCGAUACAAAUUUGAUUUGUUUUUAAUUUGUCACAAUUAUAAAUUCAUUUCUCUUUUUUUUUCUUUUUAUGAAUUUUUAUAUAGCUCAUCAGAUUGAUGGGAAAUUUAAAGCUGAAAUUUGAAAAAAAUACAAUUUCGACCAUUUUGAGGUAUUUUGGAGUGUUUUAGGGACCACUGUAGGGGCCAAUUUUUUGAUCCUUAAAGGGGCCUGAUUUUAAGUGGUUCUUGUAGUGUUUUCUAAACGGUCCUCUAGAGCUUUUGGCGUCCUUAUAAGAACCACUUCGAAUUUUUUUCAUAAAUUUUAAAAUUACCCAAAUUUCUACAAGCAAUCUGAUGCAUUGGAGAGGAUUAAAAAGUGAUUUUUUUAAAUUUAAAAAUUCUUUAAAAAAUUUUUCAGCUCUUUUUUCAAGUUUUUCGAAGUCUGCUACAUGAUUUUUCGACUAAAGAUUACAAUUUUCCCAAGAAAAUCCUGAUUUUUUCCAGGAAGAAGGCUCUGACGUCUACUGCAACGUGUUGGCGAUGAUGUUUUGCGGGGAAAUCCAAGGGAUUUUGGCCAAAUCCGUCAGAUACGCGGCCCUGUACAACCUGUACCUUGGCGAUUUGCAUAGGUAGCUCAGGGAGGCCAGAGUGGCCCCUAGAGGGGCGCUUUUGGGGGGGCUUGAAUAUUUCCCUUUAGCGAACACCUUACCUCCCCUCUUUAGGGACCACUGAAGUUUGUAAAGUGGCCCUUAUAGGGGAAAUUUAAGUUGCAUAUUGAUAGGAACACUGUGAGAAGAAGCAUUUCCAUGCGAAAAAAUAUUAAAUUAGCGUUUUUUGAAGGAAAAUUUCGACAAACGGUUAUUUUAGUUUAAAAAUUCUAUAAGCGACCGUUUUUCCUCCGAAACCCUAUAGGGAUCACUCUAACGCUCUUAGGAAAAAUCGGAAAAUGUUGAAAAAGUAGCUAAAAUUCAAUCAAUUAGCGGGAAAAAAAUUAAUCCAGAAAAGUCAAUUUUGAAAAAAAUUUUUCUUAUUUUUUUAUUUUUACGUAGUUUUUUUCUUUUUCUGAAAGCAACCUCCAGAAAGGUAUUUUAAUACGAAAAAAAGAAAGUUUGUUUUUUUAUAACAAGGUGCAUUUUUUUGUGUGAAAAAUCCAGAUAUCUUUACCUAAUUUUUUUGAAAAUUUCAGAUUUUUUUUUAUGAAAAUGAGCUCCUUAUCACAAUUUUGAACUGUUUUUUAAGGUUCUUCUGAAAAAUUGUGGAGUUUUUUCAUCCAACGGCAUUUUUAGAUUCAAAAAUUGGAUUUUUGAGCUUUUUCUUGCUUAUCUUGAUCUCAUCGGGACUAUUUUCCACGGAUUUUUCUCAUUUUCAAGCCUUUUUUCUUCCAGAUACAUGACCGACAGUGUCCAAGUCUCCGUGGCGCCCGUCUUUUUCCAAAAAGCCGUCGAAAUCGAUCCGGAACAGGGCCGGGCCUACAACCAACUCGCCAUCCUUCUGCCCUCCAAACCCGAAAAUACCGUUCUGCAGCUGAGGUUUGUAUUUUUUUGGUUUUUGAACACUUUUUCUGGUUAAAAGUCAUGUUUUCAUCGUUUUUUGCAAGGUUUUUGGGUUUCUGCAACCCGAAAAAUCCGAAAAAAGUUACGUUUCACUGUCAAGACUCUAUUUAGCGUUGAUUCACAAUAAAAUUCUCUUUUUUCCUUUUUUUUUUUCUUCAGAAAUUUUAUUUUGAUGUCCUUUUUCAUCAUUUUAAGCUUCUUCUUUUGCUUAGAUUCCAUUGAAAAAUCAUAUUUUACAAGAUUUUUUUGUACAUUCAUAUUAAAAAAAUAUGAUUUUUUUGUUCAUUUUAAGCUACUUUUUUUCAAGUUUUUUUAAUCAAAAAAAUCAUAUUUUUCCAAGAUUUUUCGUAUAUUCAUAUUAAAAAAAUAUGAUUUUUUUCUUCAUUUUUUUAAGCGACUCGUAAAAAAAUAUUUCCUCAUUUUUUUCAUAUGGUUUUUCUUCUUUUUUUCAUGCAUUCUUUAUUUUUAAAAAAAUCAUUUUUUUCACGUUUUCUCAUUGAAAAAUUCCCCCUGUAAUGCUUCGUUUUCCAGGUAGUUUUCAUCGAAAAAAGCAGAUUUUUUACAGUUUUUUGGGACCUUUUAUGAGACCUUUUUGAGACCUUUUUGAGACCUUUUUGGAACCUUGUUUGAGACCUUUUUAGGAACCUCUUUGAGACCUUUCUGAGACCUUUUUGGGACUUUUUUGGGACUUUUUUAGACCUUUUAUGAGACCUUUUUGAGACUUUUUUAGGACCUUUUUGGGACUUUUUUGAGACCUUCUUAAGACCUUUUUUGGGACCUUUUUGGGACCUUUUUAGAACCUCUUAGACUUUGCCCAUGACUUCCGAUUUUCCAGAUAUUUCCUCCUGGCCCUCGUCAGUGAACAAUCUUUCACGUCGGCCCUCAAAAAUGCCUCAAACGUCGUCAGAGAUUCCAUUCCGACAGAGCCAAUCGAAGAAAAAUUGACCGUGGAGCUUAUCAACGCGAUUCUUUUCGUUUUUAGGUGGGAAAUCGGCCUUUUUUCAAUUUCGGCUCGUUUUUCUAUUUUUUGCUUCUUUAAAAGAAUACAAGAACAGUUUUUCAAGAUUUAAAAAAAGUCGGGAGAAUAUUUUUUUCCAUCACAAAAAGUUUAUUUUUUAAGCAGAUUUUUGAGUUCAAUUUUCAAGUAAAAUUUUUCAAAUUUCCUUUUUUUAGAGUGGAUAAAUUUUGAAAGAUCCAUUUUAGGGCUCAAUUUUAGUUUAAAAAAAUGACGGAUUUAUUGGAAUAUUUGAUUUUUAAAAAUGAAUGUAUGAUAAAUUACAAAUAUUUAUAACAAAAAAAUUGUGAAUUUAUGAUUAAAAAAUAAAGAAAAAAAUAUUGAAAAAAAUGAAUAAUAUAUGAUAAAAAAAUGAUGGAUUGGUUCAAAAAGUUGAUAAAUUGGUUAAAAAAAUGAUGAUUUUAUCAGAAAAAAAGAAAUAUUGGAUCUACGAUGAGCAAAAAAAUAAGUAUAGAUUUCUAAAAAAAUCUUGAAAAAAAGCGAUUUUACUGUUGAAAAAAAUGAUGAAUUUAUGAUGAAUUUAUUAUUUUUUUAGCCGCGAAACUUUCAAGGAAGCUUCACACGCUUGGUUGGAAUGUAUUAAGGUGAUUUUUUUGAUUUUUUUCAGACGAAAUUUCAGUUUUUUUAGAAAAAUUUCUCCCAAAAAAAUGAUUUUGAAAAAAUUUACAGAACAAAAAAACUCGUUGAAAAUCCGAAAAUUCCAUUCUUGAUUUCGAUAAUCGGCCUUGUCAAUCGACUCAGUGUCAAGUAUUCGAGAGGUUUUUCCUUCAAGACAUCAAAACUUUAUUUUUCGGAAGUUCAGAUGGAGCUUUUUUGGCGUCUUUCGAGACGAUCUGCAACGCCUUUUUGGCCCUUUUGGAGAAGGAUGUGGUCGUCAUGGAGGAGAUCGACGAGGAGGACCGGAAGGUGAGAAAAAACGGAAGAAAAUGAGGGUUUUUGAGUGAUAGUUCAUUCACUGAUAGCUUGUCGAAAAUGGCUUUUUAGGAGCUGUCUGGACCUCUUUUUCUAGCACACUAUCUCACAGGUCUUUUCAAGACCAUUUUUUGAUUUUUUCAAGCCAAAAAAUCCUGAAAAUGAGGGUUUUUGAGUGAUAGUUCAUUCACUGAUAGCUUGUCGAAAAAGUCGUUUUUUGAGCUGUCUGAACAUCUCUUUUUAGUGCGCUAUUUCGCUGAUCACUUCACGACCAUUUUUCGAUUGUUUCAAACCAAAAAUUCCUGGAAAAUGAGGGUUUUUGAGUGAUAGUCCAUUCACUGAUAACUUGUCGAAAAAGGCUUUUUUGGAGCUUUGUGAACCUCUUUUUUUAGUGCGCUAUUUCGCUAAUUGUUUCAAGACCAUCUUUUUCUUCGAGUCAAGCUCAAGAACCCUGAAAAUGAGGGUUUUUGAGUGAUGGUCCAUUCACUGAUAUCUUGUCGAAAAAGGCGUUUUUGGAGCUCUCUGAACCUCUUUUGCUAGCCCACUAUCUCACAGAUCUUCUCAAGACCGUUUUUUGGUUGAUUCGAGCCGAAUGAUCCUGAAAAUGAGUGUUUUAAAGGAUGGUCCAUUCACCGCUAACUUCUCACUAAAAGGCUAGUAGAGCUGUCCAAAUUAUUUUUUUCUCACAAUUUUUUGACCAGUAAGUGAGGAAAUUGUCCUUUUUGAAAACUUUUAUGAGGUUACCGCUUUGAUCAGAAUAUAUCAGAAUUCAAACUUUUGUAAGUUUGCAAUCUCUUUGCGGAACUACUCUCUAUUCAUUAUUGUGGCCUUAUUUCUUAUCAUUUUUUCUUUUGAAUCCAUCAAAAUGAUGAUUUUCGAAAAAAGUCCUCAAGAAUUCUGAUUCCAGAUGAUGGAACGUCGGAAGCAACGUCGUCAUUUUUCGGACGAAGAGGAGGAAGAAGAUAUCCCAACUACCAGUUUCAAAAAGCCUUUGAAUGAAUCUUCGAGCUCCGAAAGCCUCGAAAUGGGUUGGUUAAUGAUAAAUGUGCAUUUCCUAAUCGAUUUUUCGUCUUUCUUCUGAUUUUUUGGAAUUUUCGAUGCUUUGUGUAUAACUUUUUACUGUUUCCUGUGUUUCUAACUGAUAAUUUUUUUAAUUCAUCAAGAAAAAAUGCGAAAAUUUUUGAGGUUGUUCUAAAAUUUCAAUCACUAAUGAGUUUCAGUAAGUUUUGUUAUUUCUGAACCACUUGAAACGGAAAAGUCCGAUAUAAAUCUGUGGAGAUUCAAGUUUUGAUUAAUUAGCCUUAGAGCGCAUUUUCCACAUGACGUUUUUUUUUAAAGUUUUAGUGAAUUCAGUGGUUUCAGCAGAGCUCCAGUAAAAUAGCCGUAGAAGUUUCGGAAAGUGCGCUCCAAGGAUAAAUAGCGAUUUCAAAAAUUUUUCGAAUUUUUUUUUGCUGUUUUCGUUUUUUCGAUUAGUAAUCUUUAUUUUCAAAUUUUCCCAAUUUCUUGAGAGAAAAUACAGAAUUUUUUGAUACGUUUGAGGAAAAUUAGAGAGUUUCAGUAAGUUUAGUUAUUUUUGAGCCAUUUGAAACCGAAAAGUCCGAUACAAAUAUGUGGAGAUUCAAAAUUCGAUUAAUUAGCGUUGGAGCGCAUUUUUCCACAUGACCUUUUUUAAGUUUUAGUGAAUUUAGUGGCUUCACGAGAGUUCCAGUAAAAUAGCCGUAGAAAUUUCGGAAAGUGCGCUCCAAGGAUAAACAUCGAUUUAAAAUAUUUUUUUCGAAUUUUUCGGUUUUUUUGUGUUUUUUUGAUCGGUAAACCUUAUUUUCAAAUUUUUCCAUUUUAUUGAGAGAAAAUACAAAAUUUUUCGAUAUGAAAGGCAUGCUGGAAAGUAGGCCGGUCGGUUUGGAAAACCAGGCCACGCCGCAAUAUUGCUCCAUGGAACACUUCGAAUUUCAAACUGUUUUUUUCUUCCUUUUCAAAUUUUACGAAGUAGGUUUUCGCCUUUUUAUUCAACUCUAAAAUUCAAAAAACUGACUCACUUUUUUUAAAUUAUUAUUUAUUUUUUGGAUCCAAAAUAACUGAAAGCCUUCACCACUAUGCGAAUAUUAGUGAGUUGCAGUAAGUUCAGUUAUUUUUGAGCCACUUGAAACGGAAAAGUCCGAUAUAAAUCUGUAGGGAUCAAAAUUUGAAUAAUUAGCAUUGGAGCGCAUUUUCCACAUGGCUUUUUUUAACUGCCGUGGAAUUCAACGUAAAUUUGCGAUAAAUAGCGAAUUGAAGAAUUUUUCGAGUUUCUGUUUCAUUUUUCGUUGAUUGCAAGGCAAAAAUUCCGAUGAGGAUCUUGAUAACUCAGCCAAAAUUAAUUUUUUUGCCUUGGAGCGCAUUUUCUUCUAUCUAUUUGGUUAUUCUUUCAAUUUUCGAGAUUUCGAAGAAGAAAGUAUGAAAAAAGCUCUCAAGCAAUUCAUGAAAGCUUGCAUCAAGGAUAAUUUUGAAAAUUGUGUCUUUGCCAGUUCUUUUUGUCUUUCUGAACCCGAGAAAAAAUUUAUUUUGCUUUGAAAAUUGAUUUAUUUUCCUUGGGGCGCGUUUUCCCUGUAAACAUAUUGUCAUUUAUCUAUUUCCCAUUUUAGAACAUUGGAUUUUUUGAAAGAUAUAAUAUUUGGGAAAGUUUGCUCUAAGGAUAAUCUUGAAGAUUUCAGUUUAUUCUGUCAUUUACAAAUUGAGUGGAACGCAAAAACAAUUGGAUAUAGCCUUGGAUGCCUUGAGAAUUCUUUUGUUAGCCUUGGAGCGCAUUUGCAUUUUCGAAAAAGCCAUUUUUCCUAACUUCUUACUCACCGCUUGUCGUGUCUCUCAGCACUGUGUGUUCGCAUUUUACAGAGGAUUACGGUUCGAAUCCGCCUCGAUCCGAUGAUGAAAGUUCAGAUGAAGGCAUUGAGAAGAGCUUCAACGACCUGGAGACGGAAAGAGUCGAGACCGGCAUGGGCGAUCAGCAGAAGGUAAAUUCGGGGGGUUUCGAAUUUUCGUUUUCUUUAAACUUGGGGAGGGUGGGAGAAUAUGGUAUCUUUGUUGUUUCUCAAAGUAGCGUCAAAUGUGCUCCUGAUGGGGGGGAACAACCUUUCUAAAGGACUCAAAUGAGCUCCUGAUGGGGGGGAAUUUCAAUUCAAACCUUAAGUAACUCCAAACUAAACCCCUCUAGGGGCCACUUUCCUAUAGGGGUUAGGGGAAAAACAGUUUCUCUAGGGAACUGAAAAGUGCUUCUUUCUGAGGGGGAAGGAUCAGGUCAGAACUUCAAGUACUCCUAACUAAACUCCCUCUAGGGGCCACUAUCGUAGUCUUUAGUGGCCCCUAUAGGAAGAGAGGAAAUGGUCCCUAGAGAGAAAAAUUUAAAGCCCCCCCCAAAAAGUUGCCCCUAUAGGAACGAGUUUCAAUUUUCAGUUAACAGCUUGAUCUAGGGUUAGAAAAAAAAAUUUGCUUUUCGAAAUUUUGUUUCGCAGAUUUUUUUGGGCUCAUGUGAAUAAAUAAACCACCUCUUCCAGGCAUUUUUCGUUUAUGGUCCUAAAAAUCAUCGAAAUCAUAACUUUUUCUACUGUUUUUCUCGUCACCUGACAAAUUAUGACUCAUAAAAUAACAUUUUUACCGGGAAUAACUCAAUCUUUCUCCAGAAAAUGCAGCUGGAAUACCUUUUGCUGGCGACGGCGUGUGAGUGGAUCUACUACGCGAAUGGGAUCCUGAACGAGAUGAAAAAAGCUUCGGCCAAAAUUUCGCAGAGUGUCUUGAAGGUAAAAUCAAGAAAAUCGAUCCCCAAACACUCCCUAAAAAGACGCUCUGGCGCACUACAGAGAAUUUUUUUUAAUUCGAAACUUCUUCUCACCAUAAUGUUCAUAUAGCGUUAAAUGUCCUUAGUUUUUCAUUUUUUAAAUCGACCCCCAAACACGCCCGAAAAAGACGCUCUGGCGCACUACAGAGAAAAUUAUUUUUUUAAUUUGAAACUGCUUUUCAGGAUAAAAUACAUAUAGCGUUGAACUUCCUUAGGAAAAUACUUUUAAAAAGUUUUUCUUGUAACUUUUUUCAGUACCUUGAAGAAACUUUCUUUGCAUUUUUCAGACCUGGGAUGACCUCUGUGACCGCGUCGUGGAGCAGUUGAACCGUACGAAAAGAUUCACCACCCAAGUUUUGUCGGAUUUAAACGAGGAGACCAGUUGGAUGCUCUUCGGGCCCGUUUUGGACGAGUCGAGGUGAAAAAUAACGUAAAUUUGAUACCAAAACCCCUUAAAAGACGCUCUGACGCACGACAGGAAAUUUUUAGAGUUUCAAAAGUGAGAAUGACAAGUCGGCUUUUAUUUUAUAGUUAUUCCGAAUCAAAAACAGUAAGCCGAUAAUGUCUCAAAAUUAUUUUCAUUACGCUGAACCAUAGAAUUUUUCAUCAACAAAAUUACAAAACACGCCCUAAGAAGACGCUCUGGCGCACAACAGAAAAUUUUUUUAAAUUAGUUCAAAAUAAAAAAAGAAAAAAAGUUAGUAAUGUCCUAGAAAUUCUCUCAACAAAAUGAACUGCUGAAAUUCUCAUCACAAAAUCUAUAAAACAAACUACUGAAAAGACGCUCUGGAGCACAACAAAAGGUGAAAUUUUCCAACUUUCAGUCAGUGAUUGAUUUUAACAAGACUUUUUGAGAUUGAACUUUUGGCUUCUCAACCAUGACUGAGGUCAAAUUCAAGGGAAAUUCAAGAAAAUAUAAGGAAGUCUUCAGCCCCAACCGAGCCCUCAACCAGAUGGUCUUCUGGUCGCAGCAAAUGUCCGUCGGCGUGGAGGCCCCGAUCGAAAAGUUCCUGAUGAGCGAAUCCGUCGGAUCGGACGACGAGGAGGCGAAUUCGCUCUUCAGAAGACGUCCGUCGGCACGUCGGCAGAAGCUCGAGGCUCUUUCCAGAAAAAUGCGGGAGCAGAUGCUGCUUUCCGACGCUCUUCAGGUGGCUCCGACUCGAAAUUAAUUUUCAUCGUCAUUUUUGAGUCCAUAACCUUUAUAAUUAUAUAGGUAUACUGAAUUUUCCUUAUCGAACUGUCUGACCUGUCUGCGCUCUCUUCUCUCACACCGACCAGGUCUUAGAAAGUAUGGGAGAGAGAGAGAGAGCACAGAGAUAAUUUGUGCUGUUUUUCUCUGCGCCCUCCUCGUCUCUCGACACCUCUCAUUUUGACCUACUGUUUCCAUUUCUCUGACUGGUGAGAGACAGAGAGACGCAGACACUAGAAACAUUUUAAGUCGCAGCGGAUGACUAUAGUUUUUAUGUGAAAAAAUGCGCUUUUCGCUCACUAAAGGUAACUGCGGGAAGCGAAUUCGCUCGCGACACCUUUGCGAUAUCGCGAAAAUCCUGCGCCCUUGUUUUGCUUUUUCCUUGGCGCGAUGUCUCAUUUUGAAAACUUUCGAAUUUUUUUUGCGUUAUAAGGGCGGGAUAAAUGCGAUGUCGCAAGCAGAAAAUGACGAGAAAAGUUUUCAGCUUGUAAAAAAUGCGGAAAAGUUUCAAAAAAAGGUACCGAUUUCAUUGAAAGUAUUUUCGAAAAAGUCGAGAGGACUCGAAAAAUCUCAUUUUUCCUUCACUUUAAACACUGUCGAAACAAAAGCGAAGUCGCUCGCGGCACCUUUGCGAUAUCGCAAAAAUCCUGCGCCCUUGUUUUGCAUACCCCUUGGCGCGGCCUGCCAUUCGGAAAGCUUUCAAUUUUUGGCGUUAGAAGGCGAUGUCGCGCCAAAAAAAAGGCGACAAAGCGGGUAAUUCGCGAUAUCGCCAGCGACAUCGCUCUUAUACCGCACUAGACUAGGCAAUGCGCUUUGACUGAUUUUUAACGAGUUUCAGCCGGAAAACUCGGGAAAACACCUGGAUUGGGUGCCGGUUUACGUGGUGGUCGACUACGACGCCAUCGUCAAAAAUGUCAACCUGGCGACUCGAUUGAUCGCCUCCGACGCCUUCAUUUUCGUCGUCCCUUCUUCCGUUCUCGCCGAGUGCGAUAAAAUGAAGGUAGAUCUUGCACACUGAAUUUUGAAGAGUAUAGGAAUAUGUAGACAUUGAUUUUUGUUAAAACGCUAAAGGGCCCACUUUAGAGUUGAUUUUGUUGAGUGGUCAGAAGAUAAUGACCUUAUAAAUCACUUUAAGGGAUGCUUGAAACUCACAUCAAAUCCAUAGGGACCACUUAAGGACUUCUGUAAGGGCCUUCUACUCUAUAGUGACCCCUUAAGGUAGGGACCGCAGACGAAUUUUCAAAAAAAUUUUUUCAGCAUUGAGCUUUGUAUGGUUUGAUAGCUGUUUCGAUUCAAAACUCAGAACCGUUUAGUUUUUCGAAAAAGAUUGAGGAUGAAAAAAGUUAUGACGAAAAAUGUGGCGCGCCGCGCGCCAUUUUUUUAGUACUGAAAUUUUGGUAUUAUCCAUUUUUGACAUUUUUCUCGAUUUUUUUUCUAGAACUAGUUUUGAUACUGGUCUAUUAUGAUGUAACAAAUCAUAAUAGAGUGCUAAAAUGAUGCUCAUCAGCUAGUUUGCCGAAAAAAAGUCGGUAUUUUUCCAGAAAACAAAAAACUGGCGCUUGCGGGCAUUGAACUCGCGACCUCAAAAUGAAAAAUCGCAGCGCACGCGCUGCGCCAAGCUGUUAGGUCUAGCGAAGGGAGUUUCCAUCCCCCAUACCCUUGAGCCGCUUGAAUAGCACAGAUUGCCUAUUUCAAAAAAAAAAACUUGAAGUAAUUAAGCUAUUUUUAUCAGAAUAUGUUCGCAAAUCUUUACUCAAACUUUUUCGAAACUGUUUUUUUAGUGCUUUUUUUGCCUCGUUUAACGAUCACUGCAUUAAAAACGGCCCCGUAAAUUUUUUUGGCAAAGACGAAUUUUUUUAUUUUAUUCUUUUUAAUUGAAAGAUUUUUUUACUAAUAAAUGUAUAUAAUCGUUUGAAAAAAACCUGCGUUCGACCGCUUUCGGUGUGAUAAACGCCGCUAAUUUUUAUUCUCUAGUUUCAAGAGCAUUUUUUUGCGUAAUAAACAACUUUUUUUCAAGCACAUAUUCUGUGGAGAAAAAAAUUUACGUAAGCCCAUGGUCUAAAUUUUGAAAAAAAAAAAACUCGAUUAUAUUCGCUUAUUAACGAUAUUUUGAAUUAUGACUUUCGGCGCUCCCUAAAAUUUUUGGCAAAGACGAAUUUUUUAUUUUAUUGUUUUAAAAUUACCGUUACUUGAAUCAAAAUCAUUAUAUAAAAAAAGAAAGAGUGCGUUCGACCUGAAAACACAUGAAAAAGCAAAAAACGACAAAAUUUUUUAGUUCCAUUCACGUUUUUGUACGACAUUCCGCGCGAACGCAUCAAAAAAGCGUGAAAUAUUUUUUAAACGAAAGAGGAAGCUUUUCUGUACAUGUGUGCCAAAUUUUAUUAGCCAGUUCCACAUAUUUUGCAACUACAGCAAAAGGAAAGUUGAAAACCAAAAAAAAGCCACUUUUUCUAUCGCGAAAAGGGGCGUGGCUUUGCGGUCCCUACCUUAAGGGCUCCUGUAAGGACAAUCUACUUUAUAGUGGCCACUUAAGGAUCUUCUAAUCUCUAGUGACCACUUAAGGACUUCUGUAAGGACCUUCUACUCCAUAGUGACCACUUAAGGGCCUUCUACUUCAUAGUGACCACUUUAGGGCCUCUGGGAGGACUUUAUACUCCAUAGGGUCCACUUAAGGACUUCUGUAAUGACCCUCUACCCUAUAGUGACCACUUGAGGACUCUAAACUUGUCCUGAGUGACUACUUUGUCGAAAAACUUUUAUAGCUGUCAUCCAAGGAGUUUUUUUCAAGAAAAUGGUUGAAAACUGAUUGGAACGGAUAGCUGCCCAGAAAACUUCAAACUGACCACUUAAGGGCUUUUAAAUUUGUCCUGAGUGACUGCUUUGACGAAAAAUGAUGAAGUGAUCUCUUAAGGGUAUUAUAAUUCGCUUCAAAGUGAGAACUUCAGCGUCCAUUGUGACCCAAAGGGACCACUUAAGAGCCUUGAAAAUUCUUAAGUGACUGCUUUGGCGCUUAACUUUAGAAGUUAUCACUUGAGGGAUUUUCUGCAGAGAAACAGUUGAAGAUUGAUUAGAACGGCUAGCUAUACGCAAAACUUAAAAGUGGUCCCUUUAGAGCUUCGUAAGUUGCCCUAAAGUGAACACUGUGGCGUCGAAGUUUUCAAUGACUCACUAGUGGAACUUGAAAUUCUAACGGUUAUGUUCGAAGGUUGAAAGGGAUCGCUUAAGUGGUUUUGUUUAAAUUUUCUUCGAUUAGUUUGAAAUUUCCAAUUGAAUAUAAGGAUGAAUUUUAAAGGAAAUUUAACCGUGGAGCGCAUAAGUUGAGAAAUUCCGAAGCUAUUUUUUCAUUUUUCAUAUCAUCAAUAGUAAGCAUGAUUUUAGAAUGAUAUAAUUUCAAUUUUUUCAACUUCAGCACACCGGCGAACGAGUGAGAUCCGCCCUGCGCGAAAUCCAACGCGGACAGGCGCGAAAUCGGCUGCGAAUCGUCGAGGCGACGACUGUGGAGACGUGCGCCGCGACGCUGAUCGCUUCGGCUCGCGAACACGCCAAAACCGGCGAGAACGGCGGCCACGCGACCCUCGUCGCCGUCCUCGUCGACGACACCGAGAAGUACCAGGAUAUGGCGACUGAUGAAAGUGAGCUUUUCGCGACGGAUGGAGUUACCGGGAAUCUCGAAGAUUAGGAUUAUAAAUAAAAAUGGACCGCGAAAAGAGAUUCUAGAAAAAUCCAAAAUAUACUCAUUCAAGUUGUAUUUUUUAUUUAGUUUUAUUUAGAGUUUCCUUUUAAUUGAAAAAAUUGAAGUUUCUCAAGAUAUUUGGCAUUUUUCAAUAGUCAAAAGGGCUCUAGAAAAAUUCGCUUGAAUUUUUUUUACUCGACAAAUAGACCCUUUUAAGUGAUCACUCAAGUUAUUUCCCUCUAGGGACCACUUAGAGUCGUCUCUUUAUUUCCCUCUUUAAAAAGUCCUCUUCAAGUGAUCACUCAAGUUGUUUCACUCAAGUUAUCUAUAAGAUUCGUGUCUUUUUUCAAUUUAGUCAAUACUCUUUAAGUGAUCACUCGAGUGAUUUCAAUCUAGUGGUCACAAACAGGUUUCCACUCGAGUGAUUUCCCUUUAGUGACUACUUAGAGUCUUCUGAUUUUCUCCAAUUGAGUCGGUCCUCUUCAAGUGACCUCAAGUGACUAGAGUGAUUUCAUUUUAGUGACCACUUAGAGUCGUCCGAUUUUCUCCAAACGAGUCGGUUCUCUUAUAGUGAUCACUUGAGGGAUUUCUUUUUAGUGGCCACUUCGAAGAGAUUGCUUUCCGCUAACUGAGUCGGUCCACUUUAAGUGAACACGCGAGUAGUUUCAUUUCAGUGACCACUUAGAGUCGCCUCCUUUUUUCUCCAAUUUAGUUGGUUAUCUUCAAUUGAUCACUCAAGUCGUUUCCCUUUAGUGGCCACCAAGAUUCGUCUCCUUUUUUUUUUCCAAUGAAAUCGAUACUCUCUAAGUGUAACUCUGGUGAUUUCUCUUUAGUGUUAACUCGGAGUUGUCUUAUUCCUCCAAAUGAGUCGAUUCUCUUCAAGUGACCACUCGAGGGACUUCUCUUCAGGGACCACUUAGAGUCGUCUGAUUUUCUCCAAAUUAGUUUUUUAUCUUCAAGUAUUAUCUCAAGUUGUUUCCCUUCAGGGACCACUUAGAUUCGUCUUUUACUUCUUUCCAUUUGAGCCGGUUCUCUUCAAGUGGUCAAUCUAGUGAUUUUUUCAGACCUGACCCUCCACAAACUGAUCGAUUUCUACGACCGUUGGUCCCGUCAUCGCCAUACUUCGAGCUGA